AUGAGCCGCUAUGGCGUCAAGAGCGUUGCCGCCGGCCCGUACCACUCGCUGGCCGUGGACAACAAGGACCGCGUCUUUGCUUGGGGCAUGAACAACUUUGGCCAGGCCGGCUACGCAAGCAACGCUGGCGCCGACAGCGCCGAGCUGCCGUAUCCGAUGCAGAUCAAGCCCCUGUCCAAGCAAGGCAUCGAGCAGAUGGCUGCUGGUGCGCACCACUCCGCCGCCGUGACCAAAGACGGGCGCUAUCUCGUCUGGGGCCGGAUCGAUGGAGGGCAUCUCGGGCUAAAGCUGUCGCAGGAGCAGAUCGAUAACCCCAAGGUGGUCCGCAAGGACGAGUAUGAGAAGCCCCGGAUCUUGCUGGAGCCCACCGCCGUGCCUAACCUUGGCAAGGCGGCUUACAUCGCCUGCUCCACUGGCCAUACCAUCUUUGUUAACAGAGAUGGCAAGGCUUUUGCGUCGGGAUUCGGGUCGCAGUUGCAGCUCGGCAACGGCAAGGACGAUGAUGUCGAGGUCGCCGAGGAGGUGAAGGCCAAGUCGUUGGAGGGCGUCAAGCUCUCGUGGUGUGGAACGGGCGGGCAGUUCAGCAUGGUGGCUGCACCCGGUGUGGUGAAGCAGGUCAAUGGUCACAAAUAAAAUUGCAUAGCGGAGGUUGAUUUUUGAUUUUUUUCUGUAACGCAAUUCUGCAUACACAGAUGGACUUGAGAGCAGGUUUGGCGUUCAAUUGCACAUUGAAUUUCCUCCCCAGAAGACGCGGCGGCUCUACUUAGUGGAGCUCACCUGGUGCCAUUACACUCGAACAACAUGAUGCUAUAAUCAAUGACCAUACAUCAUUUCGCUCUC